UAAAAUCCUGGGCAGGAAAAAAAAACGAUCUCAAGAAAACAGAAAAACGAACAGAGGCCGGCACGCCGCACGGGCUCCCGACGACCGCGCGUCUCCGUCUUCCGUGGCGGCGCCCGUACCCCUCGAACCCGUCCGGCCGACCUCGCCUUCUCGGCUAGCCCGCAGCCACCAAGUCUCCGGCCGGCCGGCUCCCGGCGCCCCAGUGCAGAUCUGGCCUCUGGCUGCCGGCCAACGAGGUCUGCCCCUGGCCGGCUGCGGCCUGUUGCCUGCCGCCUGCCCGGCCCGCCAGCGACGACUGGCCAGCUGGCCAGGGCGCCAGGCGCCCAGGCCUCAAGCGGCCAAGCCUUUCUACCCUUGCCCUGUUGCUCCCACAGUGAGCCGGACACCUAACUUAAGGGACCUCUUAGGAAGGAGCGAGUAAUGGGAAGUAGGCAAAUUGUUGCUGUUCUUCAAGUAGGUGGAGAAUUUUCAAGAGAUGAUGAUGGACGGAUGUCCUAUUAUGGUGGAGAGGCUCAUGCUAUGCAUGUGAAGAGUGAUUGGGCCUUUAAAGCGUUUAAACAUGAAAUAUCUUCAACACUCAAUAAUCUCAAACUUGAUUCCUAUGUGUUCAAGUACUUCCUUCCGAGAAAUGACAAAACUUUGAUUUCAAUAUCAAAUGACAAAGACUUGAAGCGCAUGGUUGAAUUCCAUGCGGAGUCAGAAACAACUUACAUAUAUGUCAUGAAGAAGGCUGACAACAGGCUGAAGAUCUCCAUUGCAGGCGCUGACGCUCCUGCAGAUUGUGCUGUGAUAGCAACUACUCCAGAUGGAUCCAAGCGGCAAAAGAUUUGUGCUAGCUGGGAGAAUGCAAUCACAGGAGCUGGUCAAGUGUUUCAAAGUGCAAAGGAAUUCCGAGAUGCAUUACACAAGUAUGCCAUUGCUCAUAGGUUUCAUUACAAAUUUGUCAAGAAUGACUCUUCUCGUGUAACCGCAGAAUGUACUGAUGGAGGGUGUGCAUGGCGUAUACAUGCAUCAAAGUCUCAUUCAAAGGAGUUCAUGGUCAAGAAAGUUUUUGGUACUCAUACUUGUGAAUCAGAGACCAUCAAAAGUCAUCGUUUGGCAUCUCAGAAAUGGGUUGCUAGUGUUAUUAAGGAAAAAAUACGUGAUAGUCCAAACUACAGGCCAAGAGAUAUUGCGAAUGAUCUCCAACGUGAAUAUGGAUUGUGCCUCAACUACUCCCAAGCUUGGCGUGGUAAAGCAAUAGCCCGAAAAGAACUUUACAGCUCAGAUGAAGAGGCAUGCAAUCAGCUACCUUGGUUUUGCCAAAGGGUUGUUGAGACCAACCCUGGAAGUGUGGCAACAGUAGUGACCUUGGAAGAUUCGAAGUUUCGAUUUUUUGUUGCAUUCCAUGCCUCCCUUCAUGGUUUUGAGCAUGGUUGCAGGCAUCUUCUCUUUCUUGAUGUGAUUUCUGUCAGAUCAAAUAAACACUGGAAGCUAUUAGCUGCUACUUCAGUUGAUGGUGAAGGUGAUAUCUUCCCUGUUGCACUGUCUGUAGUGGAUGAUGAGAAUCAAGAAAAUUGGCAUUGGUUUCUUGAGCAGCUAAAUGAUUCAUUACCUGCACUUGGAGCAAUAACAUUCAUAUCUAAUGGUAAGAAUGGUCUGUGGGACGAGGUUUCACUUAUAUUUCCAGAUAGUUAUCAUGGAUACCAUGUCAACUGUUUUAUUGAAGAAUUCAAGCAGCAGUUGGACGGCAGUUGGAGUGAAGAAGUAAAAGAUAUGAUGGUUGCACAUCUUGAGAAAGCCAUUUAUUCAUGCAAAGUUGAUGAAUUCAAUCAGUAUGUUGAACUCAUCAAAACUGAAUCUGAUAAGCUUGCUGAAUGGCUUUUGGAAACUAAACCAGAGCGGUGGUCAGAUGCCUUUUUCAAAGGGUCACGACUUGGCCAGUACACUUGCAAUGUUUCUGAGACAAUUUCGGAUUGGAUUCCUAGCAGAUAUGAGCUCUCAGUAGUGCAGUUGGUUGACACGAUCAGAUGCAACCUAAUGGAGAUGAUGUAUACACGCAGGGAAUCUUCCAAUACCUGGACAGAGGUCUUAACACCAUCAGCCAAUCAGAAACUUCAGGAACAGAUGAACAAAGCUCUCACACUCAGUGUUGUUUGUUCAACUGGAAAUGAUGGAAAUGGUCAUGUGUUUGAGGUGUGCGAUGACUCAGUCAAUGUUGUCAACAUUGAUACAUGGGAGUGCACCUGCAGAAGAUGGCAUGUGUCUGGGAUACCAUGCUCGCAUGCAAUUGCGGUAUUUGACCGUACUGAGCAGUGUCCACUUGACUACUGCUCCAAGUAUUUCACAACGGAAUGUUACCGCUUGACUUAUGCCAUGUCCAUAAAUCCAAUACCUGAUGUUUUUGUACCUACUGCAGCAGGUGACCCAUCACAGGGCACAACAUUACUUUCAAGCCCCAUUCUGACCCGAAGACAAGUGGGCAGACCAAAGGAAAAGCCAGCUGAUCCGCGUAUUGCAAUCAAAAGAGCAGUGCGCUGCAGCAGAUGCAAGGGCUAUGGGCACAAUAAAGCAACUUGCAAAGUCCCCAUCUCAGACUAGUUAUCCCAAAUGUAAAUUAUUUGGUAGUCGCUUUCUCUGUGCUUAUGAAGUAUGAACUCCAGUUGAACCUUAAUGUGAAAUGACAUCACUUAACAUGGUGGAACCAGGAAUUUUGAUUAAGGGGGGCCGCGCAAACAUGAUGACACCUCAUAAGUGUAAGUGUGAUAAAUAUAUACAUCAGCUGGGUAUGUUUCAACAGCUUUUUCAAUGCUUAUACAGGUUCUGCCACUGAACGCUUAUUAGCUGGCGUACUAUUAUUUGUUGAUUACAACAUAGAGCAGUGUUAUCGCC